AUGGAUGAUGGUGAGGGUUCCUCACAGACACCCUCCGCCUGCAGACGUUGUCGGGUCGCUUCUUCUACUCCUGUGUCACCUCCAGCCGAUGCUGGAUCUCCCGUGCCACCUCUUGAUGUUAUUGACAUGUUGCACGAUAAAGCUGAUUUGCAUGAGGCGCCUAUGGGCUACCCAGGGGAUCCUUCAGAUUUAUCCUUGUUGAAAGGGUAUGCAGAUCAUACAGCCAGACAUGUCUGGGACGGAGAGGGUAGGGAUCCCCAGAAGUUCUACAACCACGGCCGGAAGAUUGUCUCUCUUGUGCAGCCUACCGAGCCAUGGUUCUACGAUGUCCUCGCAGAUUCUGGGCUGAAGGACCUUUGUCAGAUUGGUUACUCCACCAUACAUAAUGGGAUGGUGAUGGCAUUUGUGGACAGGUGGCACCCAGAGACGUCGUCAUUCCAUCUGCCUCAUGGUGAGAUUACCAUCACUCUUGACGACAUCGCAUGCCUCCUGCAUAUACCUAUUAGGGGUACCCUCCUUGGUCACGUUAGGCACUCAGCUAUUUGUGGACACGAGCUCCUCAUACACAGACUUUGUUUACCUGAGGGUUGGAUAUUACAGCACUUCCCCAUGAUCAUUGGUUGGGGAAAGGUGCCUACCUACAUUAAGGUCAUGCCGCGUGCUAGUGCCUUCAUCCCCCUCAGAGGGAACCAGGUGUCGGAUCCUUACGGGCACUCUCUUGACCGCAUGGUUGCAUAA